AUGUCUCGGGUGGAAGCCAACUGGGAGCGGUUGGUGAGAGCAGCAUUGAGAUGGGAGCGGGCGGGAAUAGAUGCCGUAGGAAGGCCCGUAAGUGGAAUUGCUGGAUACGUCCCAUCCUCAUUGGGAAACAACUUGCACAUAGACGAGAUACUAAGAGCGGCCGACGAAAUUCAAGAAGAAGAACCUAGCAUAUCUAGGAUUCGUAAGUACCGCCAAUCUAUAUUUUGGCAUGCUUUGGAUCUUAGAUAUACUCCACGUGCGCUUAAGACUAGCUUGUACUUCCGAAAAUUCUUUUCAUCUACUUUGCAUGUACAAAGUCGAGAGCUUUCCUGCUGGUGACUUUGAUUGUCACUUUUCUCCAAUUGACAGCAUGUAAACGUCAAGCAGUGAAUUUUUUUAGAGUAAUUGAGACAUACUCCUAGUUUUGCCUUUCAAUCUGAAAUUAUUGUGCUGUGCAUGGGUAAUUAUUUGGAGUUUCUGGAAAAGUAGGAAAGGUAAGAAAUAAGUGAUAUUUUAAAACCCCUAGCCCCAGUGGGGUGGUGAUAGGUAUCCGUUUAUUGAUCGUAAAAAUAAUUUUUUUGAAAGAUGUUAAUUAUACCACAAAGCAAUAUAGGCUUUUUGAACUAUUUAUGGUAAUAAAGGAGGAGACUACCUGUUGCAUCAAUUUCUUAGCUAUCAUUUCUUUACCUAUGGUCUUUCCAUGUUCUAUGGUUAUUAAAAUGUGAAUUGUAGUUUGGCUUCAUUAAUCAACAUCGUCCAUCUCUGAUUCUGAGUUGGGAUUGAGCUGAGCAUUACCCAUCAAAUAAUUGUUCCUAUGAGUUGAUAAGGAUAACGGAUGGAUUAGUUUGUAAGUGAUUAGCAUGACAUUUGGUUAAAUCAAAAGGCUUGGGGUAGAAUCCUCGGGGAUGUGUGUUCCUGAGAAGAUUUUUGUUGUCAAUUGUUGGAAGCUGAAGUAAUGGAUGCUUUGAUUGUUUCGUAAUGACGGAAAGAGUGAAAAUUCUAAUGGUUGAUUGCAAAUCCUAAAAUGAAAAGUGCUUUGAUUUUAUCAUAUUUUUAUCCGGGAAAAAAACGAAUGAUUGGUCCCAAACGGGAGGUGCGACUUUGAUGCAUAUUUCCUGAUUUUGGGCAACUUGGACUGAUCGAAUUGGUUCUUUGCAGAUCCAAUCCCUGGCGCUUAUCAGGAUUAGUUUGUCAUGUAGUUGAGCUAGUUGAAAAUGAAAGCUAUAUUUCGAGAGUUUUGAGGACUGGGUUGUAAGUUUUGGAGGCAAAGUUUUGCUGCCAGUUGCAACAAAUGCCGUAGACUCUCCUGAUUCUUUCUUACCACGUGUCAACUUUUUGAUGCUACCUCUACUUGGUUACUCUUUUUCUGUCCGUUGUUCCUACAUCCAUACUGCAUCAAACUAAAAAAGUCCGUUCAACAAACGUUUAGACAGUUUUUCUUUUUGUGUAAAUGAUGUGUGAAAAUCUUUGGCUGCAUUACAUAAUUUGCCUAAGUUUUCUCUUAGUGAUAGUUUUGACAGUUUUUUUGUGCAAAUGAUGUGUGAAUUUUUUCGACUGCAUUACAUAAUUUUCCUAACUUUUCUCUUCUUGAUAUUUUUUUUCUAGCUAAUUUUCGAAAUACUCGCAUUUAUCUUUUAGAUUCCUUUACCUGCUUUCUCCAGUUGGGGCCUCGCAGAUAAUGAUGUGGGUCCAAUGUCUGAGUGGAUGUGCGCCAUGUUUCUGAACCUUGUCUCUCUGAUAUUAUUGUCUUGCUGUUGAUGAUUUUUCCCGGGAUUUGUCUUUUUUUCAGUAUGUGAGCAUGCAUAUUCCUUAGCUCAGAAUUUGGAUCCUAAUAGUGAGGGCAGAGGUGUCCUACAGUUCAAGACAGGGUUAAUGUCAGUAAUCAAGGUAUGAUUUUUCCUGGGAAAUGGUGAAUCCCUUUAAUCUUUCUGUGAGGUGCUUCAUGAAUGUUGCAUUAGUUUUACCUAUGUGUGAUGGAUUUAUGUAAAAGCCUAUUAGUACAUUGGUAUUUGAUUUUACUUUUUAGAGUCAUUUGCAGGGUUCUUCCCUGAAAUUCCCUUUUCGAGUUCUUUGAUCUGAUUCAUUCUUGAAAAUCAUUGGUUAACUAACUGUAGCAAAAACUUGCAAAAAGAGAUGGUGGGAUCAUAGAUCGUAGUCGAGACAUUGCUCGCUUGCAAGAAUUUUACAAGCAAUACAGAGAGAAACAUAAGGUAGACGAAUUGCGCGAGGAAGAGAUGAAGAUGAGAGAAUCAGCUGUCUUCAGUGGCAACCUUGGAGAGUAUGUUUCUAACUUUAAUCUUGUGAUUAAUUGUAUCUUGUACUUUUAUUCAACAGAACUUCUGUUAAAUCUUUAGAGUUUAAAUUUUUUGGCUAGAAGAUAUUCAUACGUGAGGAAACAAUAUUUCUUUACCGCCGGUUGCACUUAUCCUCUGUGUUUGAUGACAUUUAUACAUACACGCUAUGUUCAGUCAUUCACUGUAUGCUGCACCAUAUUACACCUUUAAACGUUGCAUUGCUUUUGAUGGAUCACUGUAUGUGGUUUAGACUUUUUCCUACUCGAAUUGCUUAGUUCUUGAAAAUUUCACAGGAUAUUCUCUGUGCUUAUUUUUCAACUCAUCUUAUCCGCAAUUUGUGUUUUCAAUGCUUUUACGUUUUAAUAUUUGGUGGUUAUCCCUAGCUGUAUUGCGAGCUAUUAUAAGAGAAGGGUGAAAUGAAACACUGAGAAUUUGGCAAGAAAGAAAAUAGAAGCUUAAAUUAUAAUUUGUGUGAAAGUGUAUAGAACGGGGGCUUUGAUUCUUGUUAAAUAAGAGAGAACGCAUGGUCAAUACCGAUAUUUCAAGAAAUAGCAAAUCGGGCUUUUAAUGAGGGUCAAUCCUUCUGUAGGAAAAUUCUACGAAAGAAGCAAGCCAACCCUUUAAGGCAGGCGAAUCAACUAAAAAGCCACUUUAAAAUAGCUACUUCCUCUUUUUAACAAGGGAUAAUCAACCGUAUUAGGAACUCUUGAUAAUUCGAGGGAAACAAAAUUUUUAAGGCAGUGAACUAUCUUUCAUUUUGUUGGAUUUAGGCGUGUCAUCUUGCUCUGCAUCAAUCUGAGCCCCCGUUAGGUGUUGGAACUCUUCUUUGAGUUUACAAUGACCAGAAGAACAACUUCUGAUUGAUGGUGGCUCGUAACUGGAGGGGCAAAGCUAUUGACAGUAGCCUUCGGUACACUUCCACUGCAACAGAAGAGAGAUGUAUCACCACUGUAAUGGAUUUUAAAGAGUGCAUUUGUUCUUUACAUGAUCAGUGACGCCCAGUUGCUUACAGAGCCAUUAUUGUUUGAGACUGAUGUAGCAGACAGAUUCCAGGCAUGGUACCAUUAUUAAGUUUAGCAAUACUGGGUUAUUAGAAAAUGUCUGUAAACUUUUCUCGGAAAUCAGUGGAUCCGCUCAGGAAUAGUUUCUGCUGUGGCAAAUCUAGGACAUCGAAGAUUUCUCCUCUGUAAAGAAGAAACAAUCGAAGUUACAGAGAUGUUCUGUACACGUGGUUUCAGGAAGCACCCACAGGAAAUGAAAAGGAUGCUUCAGGUUGCACUGUUAUUGUGAACUUAAACUUGCUUUUCAUAUCCAGAUUCAGAAACUAGGAAUUUGUGGAUGCUUGGCAUAUGUAGGGCAAUAAUCAUGCCUUAAACAUAAUGAUUUUUCUGUUUGAUUUUUCUUUAUUGCAGCUUGGUCAUAGGAUUUUUGGGUUUUAAUGAGUAUUUUAUAAUAUUAUAUUAAAUAUCAUAAUUUGUAAAACAUCUUGACGAUAUAUGCUAUUUGCUAAGAUGUUCUGAAUGUGGAUAUCUUUUUGUCCCUGCCUUUGUUCACUAAACUAUUACCUGUUGUGGAAACAGGUUGGAGCGUAAGACCAUAAGAAGGAAGAAAAUUUUUACAACUCUGAAGGUGUUAGGGACAGUGGUGGAGGAACUUACAAAGGAAAUAUCUCCUGAGGAAGCUAAAGGGCUGAUAACCGAAGAGGUCUUCUCUUACCUCUUGUGAGAUUUCUUUAUUAAUUUAGCUAAAGAAUGUAUUCUCAUCAAUCUUAAAAUAUUUUAUAAAAUGAUGAGGCCAUUAGAAAAGAAGGCUUGAGAUAUGAAAGAUUGUCUAUCCAAUAUACUGGUGUCUUUUGACAAUACUAGACUCGAUUCAUGAGUUGUGGGCCCUUUGAUCCUUAUUUUGCAAAAUUUAUGCACCCAGUUUGUCAAAUCUCCUUAUCUUCUGGUAGUGGGUAUAUUGGCUGGUUUCAUUGGUUGUCUCCAUCGAAACCAUUCAUGCUAUUUUUUACUGCUUCUAUAUGUUAUUUUGAAGAUCUGUGUUCGUUCGAGUGCCAAAGUGUUUCAUAUUGAACUUGUUUUCAACUAAUUUGACGUUCAUUGCUUUAUAUCUCUAACAUUAAUGUUUUUGCUGUCUCCUAGAUUAUUCCCUCUGUUUUUCUAUGUUCCUCAAUAAUCACUACCUCGUUCUAAUUCUUUCUAAAAUACAAGUAAUCGUGUGCUGUUGUAUUCCUUUUUUUAAUAGAGCUUCAUCUUGUGUUCCAAUAGACACAAGUGAGAAGUUGUUUUUUGAUGUUUCUAGUUGAACUUUUAUGUUCUAUCAAUCUAUUAUGCGCCUCUGCAUUUAGCAUUGGGUAAACCUCAUACAAUGACUGUCCUAGUUCUACCAUACCUUUUGUUUCAUUUCGUUCUUUUAUUGGAUAUAUCAUGACUUGUAAUUCUUAUAUUUUUCCUCCCUAAUAAUUGCCUUCAGAUGAAACGUGUGAUGGAAUCUGAUGCGGCAAUGUCAGAAGACGUAGUUGCUUAUAAUAUUAUACCAUUGGAUGCUCCGUCAACUACAAAUGCCAUUGCUUCCUUGCGAGAGGUAUGUGUUGAUCUCACUAAUAAUCUGCCUUUUUCCUAUCGUUUUCUUCAAUCCUGGAAUUUUGUUGCCAGGUUCGGGGAGCCAUUUCUUCUUUGAAGUUCCACCGUGGCCUACCCAAGCUGCCUAGUGAAUUUUAUGUAUCUUCAACGAGGAGUGCAGAUAUGCUAGAUUUUUUACGCUAUGUCUUCGGUUUCCAGGUUUGUAAUAUCGUUGUCAUUGCCUGCAUUUUAGUUUUACAUGUGUACAUGAAGACUGUCCUACUUUAAUUUUGUUUUCCUGUUUUCUAGGAAUCCACGAAUGAAACGUUCGUAUUUAUCAGAGGAUCAUUUUCAUCCGAUAAUUUCUGUUGUUUUUAAAACUGGCUGGUUUAUAAUGAAGGAUUUAGGAAUGAAAAACAAUGGAUAGAACGUCGUAGUCGUUGCAUCUAUAAAGAGCUAGAGAGAGAUGACUAGAAUGUUUUACUAUCAGCUCAGAAAUAAUUCCCACGCAAGAACGGUAGUCUGCACUAGCACAAUGUGGACUAUGUUGGAUGCCCAAAUGAUCCAAAAUAAUACCCACUUUUUUUGGCUAAAUCAUUAGAUUAAAACUCCUAGUUUUAAGGACCAGUUGUUUUCCCAGAUAUGGUUUAAAAGAUCAUUCCACUGACGUCACUGUUAGUGAUUCAUUUAAGUACACAAAACUGUUCUUGCUCUCUCUCUGAUUUAUUCUUUCCUUCUUGUUGAUGCCAUCAGCUGUUGUUUGUGUGAAGCAGCGUUUGCCUAAUCUACCAUAAAUCAGAGAACCCCACGAACAGGUUGUUGACUACAUACGUAUAUGAUGAUUGAUAUUCUGCUCGGCUGUGAAAACAAGUUUAUAAAGAUUAUAAUUUCGUGUUAGCUUUCUGUUCUCCCUGGAAAGUUUUCUUCUCCCUGAACUGGCUACCAAUGACAACUCUGGCAUUCCUUUUUGGUACAUUUAAACUAUGUUUGUACAUCUCUUUUCUGCUUUAAGCUAUGUUAGCACAUGGCUUUUGAAGACAUCGGGUAGCAGACAGUAACAACAUCUGAGAAUAUUGAUGAAGAAUUAGUUUGGAAUUGCGAGGAACCUUGGAAUCGACACUUGGAACUUAAAAAGAUGAUGCGUUUUUGUGGUAAAGCGUGUCUUACGUUUGAUUUGUUCUCGUACUUCGACUUAUUGUUGUCUUCCACUGUUACAGUGUAUUAAAGGUUUGUUUCUUUAAAAUUCAUUUGUACCCAACAAUUAUCGCUUAUACUAGCGUUAUCUUUGGAACAGGAAGACAAUGUCUCUAAUCAGCGUGAGCAUAUUGUUCACCUUCUUGCUAAUGAACAAUCUCGGCUUGGUAUUCCUUCUGGUGAUGAUCCAGUGAGUAUAUCUAUUUUUCAAGAGUUGUCUAGCUAUUCAAUGUCCACCAUUAAUGUGAAUUUUAUGUGUUUAAUUUUUUUUAUUGCCGUCAUCCGGUGAUAGGGUGCUUCUAAUGGAGUAUUUGAAGCACAAUGCUGAUACUUCUACCGUUUAAAUUUCUAGAGCACCUAUAAAAAAUAAGAUGAUGCAUAAUGAAACUCGAGUGAAAGUUUAUGAUAAUCAACAGAUCGUCAACUCUUUCUUUUUGAUUUAAUUUUUAUUUUGAUUAUAAACAUUAUUUUUUGAUUUUUUUUUUUCAUUCACACGGUUGACCAUAUGAAGAUUAGGAAAAAUAUGAUCAACCUGCUGGCAUUACAUUGGAAAUUUAUUCUAGUUUAGAGAUGAUAAGUUUAAGCGUAUGCUUAAUAAAGUGAUGGACGUGAGAAAUUGCCCUGGAAUAUGGUUCUUAGAUGAGCCUUGGUGGAGAAAUGGUCGUCACGCCUGGAUGUGUCCUUCCACCUUUUCCUCGUCUUUAUGUUACUCCAUCUCUUAGAACCUUUGAUUAGGUUUACCUUGGUCAGUCUCAUCAUAUAAAUAAAAACAAUGCUGCUUUUUUGAAUAUUUAUUUAUGGUCUACUGUAAUAAUUUUUGGAACAUGAACUACUAUGUAUCUCGUUUUUGCUCAUGUCGACAGAAUGUUGGAUACGAUUUCUGUGUUUUGAUGGGAUUUACACCUAAAAUUGACUAUGCCACAUUUUUAUGAUUUUCAAUCCGGGCCCUAAUUUGAUAGUGUACGAGAAUUUAUGAAACUGUUGCCAUAUCCUAUCAGUGUUUUCUUUUUCUGUGAAUUAUCUGGUAUUGGAAGAAGUGCAUGCUGUUCUUGUCAGAUAUCAAUCAUUUGUUUCCUAAUUUAAUUGGCUAACAGUUGUUUUUUGAGUCUUGUUCGUUGUAUCAGAGAUCAAAUUCUGUUCUGACCUAUGAUGAAAUCCAGAUAUACUUUGCUCUUCCUGAGUUUUAUUCAUCCAACUAACUUUUUGAUAUAUGAGGUGUUGGAAGUUCUAGGUCGUAGGGAAAUAGUGUAAUUAGUUGAGGGUUAUUUUGGAAAAGUGUCUAGGAUUUCUCCCUAUACUAGGGGGUGUAAUGGUUGAAUGGAAUUGAGGCGGUUUCUGCCGUUCUCCCCUCUGUCCUCCGUGACAGAGCUCGUUUCUCCAGUUUCAACAGGAGGAAUUAACGAAGAUUCUUCUAGGGAGAAUAGCAGUACCAUUCUCUAUGCCUAUCUAAUCUCUGCUUUUUCUCUGCGCAAAAAUGCUUAAAAGAGAAUUUUCAUAGCAGGUGCUAUUCUUGUGUGUGUGAUCUUCUUGUUCCACUCUUAUUGAGCUACUAAUUUUCGUUGUCAUCGUUAGUUUCCUUGAUGUAGUUGUAUUAUUUCUGACCGAUUUGUUGUUAUUCUCCCAUCUCUGUGUAGUCUAUGGUGAGAGAACCGAACUAAUUUCUCAUUGCAAUGAUUAUUCAUUUAUUCUUUAUUGUAGAAGUUGGAUGAGGCUGCUGUUCAAAAUGUUUUCAUGAAGGCUCUUGAUAAUUACAACAAGUGGUGUAUCUAUUUGCCUCUUCAUCCAGUUUGGCACAAGUAUGUUUCUCUGUGAUGCAGGUUAUAUCUUUUAGUUGUUUGGAAGUAAGGAUUUUAUUUACUUUUUCAGUCAGACUUUGUGCCAAGCCUUGUGAAAUGCUCUUAGUGUAUGUGAUGCUGCUUUGAUUUAUGCAGAUUGAGCCUCAUAGUCAUUGAUUUAUUUCAUGGGUUAUUUCUUCUUUCUGAAAAUAUGAGGGUCAUGUUUGAUUGAUAUGAUCCCUAAUACUUUUAGAUCUAAAUCUUUUGAUGGUGGUCCCGAAUUGAUUUUUAAUUAAGACACAUUUUUUGUAACAUGUCACUAACUUCUGAUCUAUGUUUGAGAAAAAAUACUCGUUUGAGGCAUAUAAUCAUCAAUAAAAGUGAAAUUCUCUAGCUCUCAGAAUAUGAAGGUUAGACGAAGGUCCUCAAAUCUCACCGUGAAUGUGGUAAAAUGGUUCCAUACUUGUUUCAUAACUGAUAGGAAACGAGAAGCGUUUGUAGUUGCCAAAUUCACAUACAUCACAAGACACAAUGCCUAUAACUUUUUCCUUGAGAUAGAGGGAGAAGUAAAAUUUUCAUUGUUCUAAACGAGGGAUGGUCAAGGCGUCUAUGAUAGAGCAAUUUUUUUUCCAUGUCGGAUGAGGAAGUCAUAGAAUUUGAUAAUGAACUGGCCUCUGUGAUGUGAGAUUGGCUCAGCUCUCCCAAGUGUUAGAGUCCUCGCUCUCUAACAUGUCAAUCUUCCAGUCUGACAUCUUGUCUUAUAACAGACAAAUGUUACUAGUAAAUAUAGCUUUACAACUUAGAUCAUCUGUUAGCUUCUUAACAGGCAUAAGGUUUUUGGAAAGUUUAGAGACAUAAGAUAUUUUUUAAGAUCCCUUAUAUCUCCAUCUUUACGUCACCUACCCUAGCUAUGGUGAUCAAUGAUCCUUCUACAGUGGCCACUUCCUUACUAAUAGGACAUGGGUCACAUCGAAGGAAGUUGUGGUAAGUGAGUCAUAUGAUUAGUGGCACUGAAGUCUAGGAUUCAGGUGGAAGGAGUCACAGGAGCCAAUUAAUCCAAGAGAGGGAGGAAACUCAUCAGAAUGUGUUGAUGAACUUGAGGCCAUUCAGUUUUGAGCUUUUUAAUCUCGUCCUUGAGUUUCUCCAACUUACCUUCUCUACCAAGUCCUCAUGAGAUGUGUUUGACUAUUUGGUUGAGGCCUCCAAUGUAGCUUCCAGUAUCGCUCCCUGGUGAGUUGUCUCUUGAAUCAGUCUUCUGAUUUCUACCUUGACUAAGCUGCGAUUGAGGAGCUGUGUUGUCCUUAUGUUUGGCUACUAAUGCUGAAGUAUCUAUGUUCUGGGGUUCCAACAUAAGAAUUCUUUGAUUCUCCUCAUUUCACACAAUGACGAUCACUUCCUCUAAGUUUGACAUCUUCUCUCAAUCGAGAAUCUAGCUUCUUGUUCGAAUUCCUAGUUAAUGCUAACAAUCUCUUCCUAUGAGUAACUACUUUUUAGCGGUCUAUUACAAUCAAUUUCUUGCCACAAUCCCUCCAAUUCGCGGGCAUAUUCUCUCUGUUCUAUUGGGCUGCACUAGGGUCAUACCAUUCCCUACUGUCCUAUAAAUUUGUGCUCUAUCAUGUUUCUUUAAGAAGUCUCAGUAUGGGAAAAAAUAAUUUUUUUUAGCCCAUUCCCGGAGCAAUAGUGCUGCACAACUAUCUUUUAGUGAUCGCUUCCUCCUCUUUUCAUAGGCGAUAUUAAAAAUCUGCAUCAUCAAGUGCAAGACCAAUUGGGUGAUUCAAUUUCCUUCUUUCUGUCAGCGCGAUUUCUAUGUAUUCACACCAUUGAAGGACGUUCCUGCUGUCCAAUCUGAACUGUGCAAGAAUAUUGGGUAAUUCUAAAUACAAAUUAGAUUGAUCUGACCAUGAUUCUCUCGACGUGGAGGUUGUCUCUACACUUCAGACAUGUAAUAUAUUGUUAAAAUAAAUUGUUCCAAUUGAAACAAAGAUAAGAAGUGUUACUGCCAACAGCUCCCGAUGCUCCCUCUUCACCAAAUCAAGGAAAGGGGAUAAACAGGUUUUGUAACACCUUUUAACCUUCUCUUCGUGGCCUGGAAUAAGAUUUGCAUUCACUGAAGAGAGUUUUCCCCCAAAGCCUCGUGAAUGGAAGCGUAUAUAGGGCUAACUGGCAAAUCUGACGGAACAGACUCACGAGCAGCUGUUUGUGGACCAGAAACAAGAUAUUCUAGAGGAAGAACUCUGAAUGACCAAGUUUCAUUGGAGCAAUCUCACCUGGUUGGCUCUGAUACCAUGUUGAUGUUGGUAGAGCCGCUGGUGGAAUCUUAGGAUGCCGGAUGGUGAGUCUCGUGAGGAGGAAAAUGGGAAAGACCAGAAAAGUUAUAGUCACUAAGGACUCAUCGGGUCUUACCCGAUGUAUAUUAUAAGGCGAUUCAGUCAAAUGGGGUCAAUUGAGAUCCGAAUCGGAUCUGUCUCAUAGAUAUAGUUUUACAUAACAGAGGACAGAAAUACAAAAAGAAAAAAAACAGGGCAAAAACAUGAAAUCCUUCAACAAGAUUUUAUGGCUGCUAAGCCAGGGUCAGGCCAAAAAUUCUAGUCAGUACUCUGAGCUUGAUAGAGGCCAUAGUAGCCUUUUGUGCCCAUAAUAAAGGAAGGAUAAAACGGUUGGGCCAUAUUUAAUUCUAACUCAAGUUGGCUUGUUUAUCCAAUAGUUUGCAAAGUGUGCUUUCAUACAGAUGUACCAGCCCUGGGACCAUGCUUUACUUUAUUAAUAGCUGGAAUAAGGCCGAGAAAUUUAUUUGACUGAAUUAUGCCUCUCUUUAAAUGCUUAUUAUCAUGUAUGUUCAUUUUCUUGUGUGCAUUCACGGCUGUCUUUGUGUGUGUUUGUUGCUGUGUUUACGUAUUUAUGUUAUAUGGUGAUAGUUUCUCUGAUGUAUAUGCAGCGCUCCAUCAUUAGACAGAGAGAAGAUGCUGCUGUUUAUCUCUCUGUACUUUCUAAUUUGGGGUGAGGCUGCUAACGUUAGGUUUCUCCCAGAAUGUUUGUGCUACAUUUUUCACCACGUAAGUUAUUGUCCUUUAUUUUCUGUAGGCAAACUGGAAUUAACUUUCUCACAUUUGGUUGUUUCUCUGCAGGCUUCUCCAUAGCUAUGUUACUGCUUGCUUUUAUCUUUAAUCUUCUUCUCGAUGCACAUAGUAUGCUCUUCUUAUCUAGGUUCAUCGAUCCCUUUGCUUUUUAUCCGUCUAUGAGACUGUGUGCUGUGCAAGUUUCAUGGUGCGUUUACCUUAACUAUUUCUUCUUUGCUCUUGCUUUGUGUUUAGUGACAUUCUGACGAGCAUUACUCUUCUUUCGGCAAGUCUCUUUCAGUUGAUCCAUUUAGCCUAUAUCAUAUGAAACGGCGCCAUAAUUUGCCUCCCGUUGAACUUAAUGAUGCACCACUCCACAGAAGUCUGUGUUUUGAACCUUGAGAGCUUCUGAAAGUUCUGGAAGUAAAUCUCUUUUUCAAUUUUAGUAGUAUCAACGCAAUAAAACUCAAGGAAGCCAUACUGCUAAAAUUUGCACGACUUUACCUUGAAACCUUUCCUAAAUACACUAAUGAAAGCUACGCAAUAGGGACUUGGGAAAGCCCAACUAUGGAUGGUCGUCUAAUGGAAUAAGUGAAGUAGGAUCUUCCCUGCUGAUUCAGAUUGUCAUAUUGGCGGCCCUCUUAUCUGUAACUUUUAUGGCAUCCCAACGCUGAACUUGGUGCAUUUUUAACACAUUUCCGGACAGAGGGUGUCUGACAAAUUCUCCUCUCCAUACGUUUCCUUGGGAGUUUAAAUAUCGUUUUCUAUUUUGCAUUUAGGGGCUUUAUGGUGCUCAAUUACUUUUAAUGCUUAAGAAAAUCAGAGUCAGUAUUUCUAACUACUUAUACCGAAUCAAAGGAUCAGGGUUGCCUAUGCUCAUGCACCAUAUCCACUGAUUUUAAGGAGGAAGAAAAUUUUCAUUAACCUCCUCUCUUCCGCAUCAUAGCGGAUUUUCUUCUUUCUUUGCAUAAACGUUAUGACAUUUCAUAUAAAACUCCAUUGAAGAACGCUGAAACAAUCAUGCAAUAAAUCAGAGAAGUAAUGACGUAUGAAUGAAGCAUAUUUUUCAGAUAUAUUGAACAGCUUUUGCAUGCAAUCUGUUUUAGGUCAUUUAUCCAUUUGAUUUAGUCUGUAACUUAUUUACUCUACCCCCUUUGGUUUGGCAGAUGGCAAGAGAACUAGACGAGAUACUUCGGCAGCAGAUUGCUCAGCCAGCAAAAAGCUGCACUUCUGCGAAUGGAGUGUCUUUUCUUGAUCAAGUCAUUUCUCCAUUGUAUGAUGUUAUUGCAGCAGUAAGCUUCGUUUCCCUCCGUGUGUAGCAUUUUCUUCUUGUCACUAUUUUUCCGACUUGUAUUUUUAUCUGGGUAUUGAGAAAUUUGCAAAAUCUUUCAUAUUUUUUGGACGAAGUUGGAGGGGAGAAGGGAGGUCUCAUUUGGCAAAAGCAGUCUAUUGGGCUGAACUGGGGAUGUAUCUUGCGAAAAGAGAUGCUGUCAUUAUUGUGCUUUGGUUACUUUUUAUGUGGACGGUUGUACUGUCACUUGAAUUAUUCUGUGAUUGUUCGGGCAGGAUUGGGAGAAUCCUUCCUGUUUCUUUUGGUAGGAUCUAUUCUCUACAACCAUUCUUAUGUGGUUUAUUGGAGCCUAACAAAUUGUGUUUCCACUCAUCUUUCUAAGUGGGCAAGUAAGUGGAAGGAUGUAAUACACAGCGGAACUCAAUUAUCUUUAGGCUGAAAUUCAAGGUUUGUGGAAUAGUGAUGCCUAUAAAGAGAACCUAUAAGGAAUACCGUCAUUAUGCAUCCUAAUAAUUCCAAGUACUUCUUACUUUUGACGCUGUAAGGGCUGUUAAACACCAGCUGAUGGAAGUUGUUAAUUCCCUAGAGCAGGACUUAUGGAUAUGUAAGAUAAAUGAAUUAUUUUGUUUAAACUUUCCUUUGUGUCACUCAGACAUGCCAUCUGGGAAAUUACAUGUUUAAUACCAGAAGAUGCCCUCCAACAGUUACAUUCAUAUUUCCGUUUUAAAUGACGCGAGAUGCCAUUUUGGACACGCAGGAGGCACGAAAUAAUAACAAUGGUCGAGCAGCACAUUCUGAAUGGAGAAAUUAUGACGACUUCAACGAAUAUUUUUGGUAAAUUAGUGAACUUGAAGACUCUUUUACAUGUUAGAAUUGCUAUUUUUUUUACUUGUCAGUCCCGGUGUUAACGCACCAUGUAAAAAUCCAGAGUGCACAUCCACAUCAUUGCUAACCCUUUGCUCCAUCCUUUCCCUUUCUGCCAGAUUCUUGGUGUUAACCUCCACACCAUCAGCAGAGAUCCCACCUGUCUCCUUCCAGCAUAUCCCAUCUUUAUCCUGGUUGCCUUACCGUUUCCCUGUCACCCCUCACAUCCUUCUUAGCAGCUCCUCCUGUCUGAUUCCUUACUUGCCUGGGGAAUGAAGAGAAAGGGGUGAUGACAACCGUCACCAUUCUACAUUCCCCAAGCAAGAAACCCCCUCCUACAAUAGUCUCUCCCAGUCUUUUCUCCGUCCAACCACAGUCAUGCUUCAACUUCCUUGGUGGGCAGGCCUCUCAGUUCAGUGCCUCCCCUCGUCUGUCUCAGUUCAGGCCUGCUCCCUUGUGGCUGGUGUUCUCACCUGCAGUCACCAUGUAGCAGCUCCAACAAAUACGCCUCCCUGAAAAAUACUGCUGGGCGUAUGGCUAGUUGGUCUGGGGUGCAGAGGGUUGGCAAGGCCCAGGCCUUACCCAGUGCCAUACUCACCUUUAUUUGUAACUUUUUUAUAUAUAAUAAUCUUAUUCCUUUAAACCAUCUUGCCUAAGUUAUGUUUUCUUACAGGUCGCAUGAUUGUUUCCAACUUCGUUGGCCAUGGCAUCUGGAUUCAGACUUUUUCUCUAAGCCCAUUCCAAAGUCCAAGGUUAUUCUUUGCUUAUUCCCUGUAUUGUGGUCAACGUGGUUUCUGGACUUUUUUGUGGCUAAGUUUUAUGUUAGCCUUGUGCUUUUUGUUUUAUAUCAGGUAAAGUGCGUACCGGCAUUUAGUUCUUCAUUUGUUCCUUUUUUGCUUGUUUCCCUGUGUUAUGUACCAUACGCUGGUAUAAUACUUAGUCACACAGAGCUCUUUGGUGAAGAGAAUAGUUGUGUCCAUAUAGAUUGGGGGAGUGGGCUUCAAGUAUUCUAAUGAGGAAGGAAUUGUGUUUGGCGUCCUCUUUUUGAGUCUAUGUUUAAUCCAAUUGGCAAAGUAGUAUGCACGCAUGUAUGGGGUUAACAAGCACAUGCAUGCACCCUUUUCCUUUUAUAAUUGACGAAUAUGUCAUACCACAUGCUUUAAAAAUAACAUUGCUGACGCAAUGGGAGUUGCAUGAAAGAAAUUUUGACUUUGAAUCCACAAGACACAAAACUUCAAGGAAGAAACUAGGUCAUGAAUCCACAGAAUCUGGAACCUUCAAUCCUUGAAUCCUUAAGGACUUGUUGGAGCAACACUUGAUCCACAAAGAUCAAAAUAUUAUGUUGAAUUCACAAGAGGGCGCUUGAAUCCACAAGUAGAUAGAUGGGAAAAUCUUGAAGAGGAAAAAAUUGUACUAACUUAGAACGAAAUAGGGUUACAAUACUAGCACCUUUAAAUAGGCCGAAAUUUGGUUGGGGCGCCUCGAAAAAUGUGGAUCAAUUUUAACAACGCUUUUAAACAGAUUCAGUUUUUUUAAAAAAUACACUAAAAGUAGGAACAAUAAUUGAACUAAUUUCUGACACGUUUCUCACGCGUUUAAUAAUGUGCCUAAUCUUAUUUUGGACUUUUGGGAUCCUGUCAUCUCUGUAGCCCAUCCAUCAAGCUUCCAGAAUGCCUGAGCCACCAGUUUUGGGCCAUUUUGGUCCAAAACUUUUCGCCCUUCUCUUUUCUAGAAGUGCUCCUACAUCAAUUACCAUGGAAGAAGUACCUCAUACAUCAUACUAAUUCACUGACCAACAUAUCUAGUACACUAAAUUAGCUCCAUAUAUUCGACCAGCGGAUAUUCUGACAUGCCUGGUAUGAAGGAAUGGGGUUCUAGACGCAGAAUCUUGUUGCUGACAUGAAGUCAGACUGGUACUAGAGUGUGUGUCGGUCUCAUCUCAAUGGGAGGGUUCUAUGCUCAGAACCUCAUUGCUCCAUGCCAAGAGUGUCACAAAUAUUUCGUGGCAUCUUGUUUCAUGGGAAGUUUUAUUGUCAUAAUUCUUUGCACUAGCCAGGGCGACAAACUUUCAAAUUACGGUUUGUUGGCAGUUUCUUGGUUUCAUGCAUAUCACUUCAUUGUGCAAAAUCUUGGGAAAGGAAGUGCAUAUAGAACUGAAGGUCGGAUAAAGUUAUGCAACAUUAUGUCAUUUAUGCACUCUUUUCUUUAAAAUAACUAUUGGAUGGGUUCCAAUCCAUUUGUUAUUAUAGCCUGUUGGCAUAUGAUUAAAUAUCUUCAGGCUAGUGCCCAUUGAGAUUUUUCAAAUCCCUGCCGUGAGCAAAUUCUAUUAUUUUGAACUUAUUGCCUGACCAUCUUAUUUUAUUAUCUUAAUGGAGAAGUAUUUGCUGGAUCUUGGUCUUGGUGGUUGAUUGUUGUACUUCGUUUAAUUUUUCUUUGAUUAGCUUACUGCUGAAUUCAUUUUCUCUCUGCUCAAGUGUAUUUUGUCUUAUUCUUGUUCAAUAGGGUGCAUUUUCUUUUGGUGGAAGCAAGCAUCAGGGGAAGACGUCUUUCGUUGAGCACCGAACAUUUCUUCAUCUGUACCAUAGCUUUCACCGCCUUUGGAUAUUUCUUUUUAUGAUGUUCCAGGUUGGCAGUUAUCCGAGUGUUUUUCUGUUUUAUUGUUUCCCUUAUAACACUUAAAUUUGUGCCAUUUUAACGUCAAUAGCUCUUUGCAUCUAGAAGUACAUGCUUUAGUUAUCUUGAAUAUAUCAACCCUUUCUUUAUUUUCUAGUCGCCUGGAAGGGACAAAAGAAACAUCUUUUUCAAUAUCUGAAUCUCUUGUGAACCUUCCAGUAGGAUUCUGUUUUCUGACAUUAAAUUAUUAUUGUAUUUUUUUGACGUUUGUGAGCUGUCAUUUUAGCAUACAGGUGGCUUUACGCACUUUUCGUUUAAUUGAUGGAUGAUGGUUUUCAAUGCUAUAUGGAGGUACUAAUUGGGUUCAAACAGUAAUUUGAUACGUAAACGCAAUCGAAACGGUGGCGACCACCUCAUUUAAAAUUCUUCUCUUUAUAAGUACCAAUGCGGGGGUACUGUUGGAUAAAGAUCUGUGGGUGUCUGUGUUUAUACAAACAUAUAGAUGCAUAUGUGUCUAUAUCUAUCCGAACCCUUGUGAUCAGAUCAGAGAACGUUCCUGCGGAUGCACAGUGGGAAUGCUUAAAAUGUUUUAUUCCAGUUGUGCCUGGAUCAGUUUUGGUGGAACUCUAUCGAGAUGUGAGAAAUCGUUUCUAACCUUAAGGGUUACUUGUGUCUUGAACUGUGAUUUCUCCACGCCAGUUUCAUGUAAUUUAAGGCUCCUGGUGUUAGUACAAAAUCGUUUCUCCACGCCAGUUUCUUCUCAUAAAGUUAGAUUCUAGUUCAAGAGAAAGUGGUUUCAUUUAUGUGAGGCCUUCAAGUGAAACGUUUGGCAGAUUUCUUUUUUUUCUUUAAUAUUUAAUAAGGGGAUAUCCUUAUUUGUACUCUCUGAAAAUUUUGAAGUUUCUCCCUAAUUUUUACUAUUGAUAAGUUUUCUGUCGUUACAGGGCUUGACCAUUAUUGCAUUUAAUGGUGGUCGUUUUGAUGACACGACCCUGAAGGAGAUUCUUAGUCUAGGCCCAACCUAUGUAGUGAUGAUGUUUCUCCAGAGUAAGCAUCUUAAUGCUAACCCACAUUUCCUCAGAGUAGCUUUUCAGUGUGAGUUCUUCUAGUUAUGUUUACUAAUUUUGAUUAAAUUAAGAGUAAAAUGCAUUUACUAUUUCAGGUGUGCUGGAUAUCAUGAUGAUGUAUGGGGCCUAUAAUACAACACGCAGUGCAGCUAUUCUUCGAAUCUUUAGUCGUUUUUGUUGGUUUUCUCUUGCGUCAGUGAUUAUUUGUUACCUAUACAUGUGAGUUUUCCACUGUUAGUUUUAUGAGCUUGUCAUUUUCUUUUUAAGGUUUUAUGACACUCAGUGUCCUUAGAUGGUCAUAUUUGUGCCUUUUGUACCCUUCAAAUCUGCUAUGAAACUUGCUUCCUCUGUCCGUGAAACACAUUCUUCGAUCCUCUUCUAUCAUUGUCAUAGCAAGUGAUGGAAACAUUUUUAUUAUGGUGAUAAAAUCGUUAAGUUCACUUAUCCAGCAGAAGCCGGGGUAUCUCACUUUAUAUUGACGAAAAUGAUUGCACUCAUUUGAUUCGAGUUUUAAUCUUUUGUUUUCAGAAAGGCUUUGCAGAGGGGUACAGAUUCAUUUACUUUCAAGUUGUAUGCAAUUAUCAUUGGCAUAUAUGCUUCACUCCAAUUCUGUUUUAGCUUGCUCAUGCGAAUUCCAUUAUGUCACCGUCUCACUGGACAGUGUGACCAUUGGGUUCUGGUGCGUUUCGUAAAGUGGAUAUAUCAGGUAAAUUUUGUCCGUUUCGUGUCAGUAAAUUAAUCAUUUAUGAUAUGUAUGAAAUGUCUAGCCUUUUAAUUGCCAAUAGAUGUAUAUUCUCAUCGUUCUUUCCAUUUCUGUGAAGGAGCACCAUUUUCUUGGACGAGAAAUGUACGAAAGACCAACUGAUUUUAUCAAGUAAGUAUUACAUGAUUUUCAUUUUCUAAUGAAAAUUUAUGUUCCAGCAUUUAGUUUUACUUACAGAUACUGAACCAUCUAUUUGUGUUAGUAAAACAUUAGAUUCUCAUUUAUGAAGCCAGCUGGAUUGCGUGUUCCCACAUUUGAUGUGCGUCACAGAGUCUGUUUAUAUUUCAAUAGAAAGCGAUUUGUUGAUGGUAUAAUGGGAAUAUAGAACUUUCAUGAGAUUUUAAGCUCUCAUUCUGCAGUUUUUACCAUUCUUAACAUCUCCAUUUAUGCCUGAGAAUUAUAAUAACGAGAAAUAAAGGGAGUUACAUCUCACUUGUGCCCAUAUGGAAAUGAAAAAAGAAUGAACGAGGUGGAUUAUAUUUGGCUUUUGUAUAACCAUUCCUAGGGAUUUUGCUGAGUAACAGACAUUUUGAUUGUCUUCGUUAGAUCUUGAGAAAUUUAUUCGUUUUGUUAAGUGGCAUCUGGGUUAAGAAAUCACAUUUUAUUCUUUCUAAUUGUCGCUGUAUAAAAUAUCUGUUGUUAUCUGGGUUACUGCGCUUCUUGGGGAAAUUUUGUUGAGGCAUUUUCUGUUUUUGCUUCUAUGUGGCACUGCUAUUCCUUUUGAUAUGGGAUAUAGGCUUUUAAUGGUUGUUAAAUACUUCCUUGAUUUUGAAGGUAUGUGGUAUUCUGGCUUUUGGUUCUUGGUGGAAAGUUUGCGUUUGCUUAUUUUCUUCAGGUUGGUAUCCGAAUCUUUGUUGUCAUUCCACGUUUGAAACGUAAUGAGCUCAGUCUGGUUCUUUUUAAUAACGCAGAUCAAGCCAUUGGUGUCACCGACGAGGAUUAUUAUUAAUCUUUCUGGCGGGAUUGAAUACUCAUGGCAUGACUUCGUGUCCAAAAGUGAGUUUGAUCUGUAUAACUUUGCAUUUAUAGUUCUAAUGAAUCGUGCAAUUUGUGGAACGAACAUUGCAUUCUCUUAUUUUUUAUGAUCACUUUUAUGCAUGAGAUGUAGCUUUAUAAAUAGUGGAACAAACGUUGUUUCAUUACUGUUGUUUUAGUGGAGGAAUGUUAUAGGUUUGUUGUUUUCUCUUCUCGUAAUAAUGUGUAUUGUUGGUUGAUAUUGUUUCGUCACAACAUGAUAUAAAAUUUUGUGCAACUUGAUGCCUAUAUAAAUUAGAUAAACCAAGCUCUACGAAGAAGUAUUGGGUGGUACAAGAGUAGUCUUUUACAUUUGUUCUAUUUUAAUUUUGUUUGUAUUUAAUAACAAUGAACUGUUAUGUUAUAUGAGGGUAUUAUGGCCAUUUAGUUAGGUGAUGGAAGAACUAUUACUUUUGUUUUUUUCGUUUUCAGUAGUACAAUUCCUAUUGCUGUGUGGAGUUUUAUUCUCAUCGAACUUUUCAUCCUAUUGGUUAAGUUUCUUUCUGCUAGAUCCUGACUUUGUAAGUUGACUACAUUGGAUAACACAAAAGUGAGGGUUUUUCCCAUACCAUGGCAGAAAAUUGUGAACUAAUAUGGGGGCAUAAUUUGAAUGUUGAUGAGAGUUGAAGAUAUCUCUAAGAUUCAAAUCUAGCAAUAACUAGCUAUCCCUCCCAAUGAUGAGGCAUGUGGUCGGGUUUUUCAAGCUCAAUAUUUAUCUACACUGCAGAGUCGGUGGUGUAUCCCUACUCUAUUAGACAAGUGAUAAAAAUAAUGAUUUUGGGACACAAAUAAUUCUUUCAGGUGGAAGGGCAUCUUUUUACUGGUAAACUGGUAACGGAUAGAUGACUUCGAAAAUGACUAUAAAUUGAAGGUUCAACUUCCUAUGUUGAAUCGCCUGCUCUAGUGAGGAAAUUUCUUGACAGGUCAAUCCUGCUUCAAGGGUUUUUGAGGGUUGAGAAGAUGAUGAUGUCUAAUUUUCUUUUGAGAGAUUAUUCAUAAGCAAGUUGCUUAAGUUUUUGAAUAUGCUACUGAAGUUUUCGGAGCCUUAGUUUGCACCGAACUAUUUGAGAUAGUCCUUGAUAGGUGGUGUCAGCUGGAGAAAGUGAGAAUGCAAUCUGACUGGAUGGAUGUUUCCUCAGGAAUUACCAAAAAGCACAAAGCUAUGUUGAUUUUAGGUUUUUUCUGUAGCCUAUCAUUUCUUCUAUGAAAAUCACUAGGAUUGAAAACAAGGCUGACAUUUGUUUGCUGCAUUGCCCAUGGGGAGGAUUUUAAAGUUGCUCAAAUUUGGAAACCUUCAACUGUUGUAGACCUUGGGAAUAUGGCAUAAAGGGCUUUUACGAUAACAUGUGGCAUAAUUAGUUUUGUAAACCUUAAACUGUCUUUAUCAUUUUCUUUUGAUACUGAAUGCUUGGGGUACUGUUACAAUUUAAGAAUAAACAGUUUUGCAUAUAUUGCGACACAUUGCUAGUAAAAGGAUCAUAAAUCUAGGAUUUAGCAGUUAAUGUAGUUUAUUUGAGUGCACAUCUACAAUACAAUAUUUUUCAGGUUAUACUAACUGUUAUUGUGACCGCAGAUAAUCAUAAUGCACUGACCGUAGCUAGCCUGUGGGCACCUGUCGUUGCUGUGAGUAUUUUUUAUGAGUAUUAAAAAUUUCUCUCGUCGUUUUCAGUUUAGUAGGUUCGCUGAUUUUUUAUUUGAAGUCCACGGAUCAUUUAUUUUUUUGGUUACUAUUUGUCCACAUUCAUUUUGUAAUCUCUUCUUUUUUCUGCAGAUAUAUCUGUUAGACAUUCAUGUGUUUUAUACCCUUUGGUCAGCCGUUUGGGGUUUCUUGCUUGGGGCUCGAGAUCGCCUGGGGGAGGUACAGUUCUCUAUUUUCCUUUUGAGAUACGAACUUCCAUUAGUCAUUCCGAUAUUAACAAACUUUGGUAUUUCAUUUCAUUUGUAUUUUUAUGUUAGUGCCUGGUUCUUUUGGAUUUUUUCAGAUCAGAUCCAUGGAAGCCGUCCAUCAUCUGUUUGAAACUUUCCCAGAAGCUUUUAUGAACAAUCUUGUUGCUCAUCCUGAGAGGUUCUUGUGCUUUCUGCGUUAAGUUGUUUUCAAAAUUAGUUAAUUUUAAUAGGUUUGACGUACUUUUUAUCAUGCAGACGGUCUCUUCGCUCCUCUGAACAGGUGUGUGAAAUUUUCUCUGUUACGAUUUAUUUUUUAUACAGUACUCUAUGGAGUCACCUAGCUGCUUUCUUUUCUAGGAUGUAUUUUUUACUCCUGGAUUUUUAAUUUAAUGCGUUGUCUUCUCGAUUUUUCUUUUUAUAUUUGGAUACCAUUGUUUUGAUUUUUAAUUCUUAGAUAUUGAAAUUCUUAUGAAGGUGGUAAGUGCAUUGGCAAAUCAAUGAAUCCAUAAAGAAUGCUCAAUAUAUUUUGUCAUUUUUGGUUCAUCAAACUAGUGAUUCCGCUUAUACUUUUCCUAUCUAGCAUAGUCAUCAAUAGUUGAGCCCUCUGCUUUGUCAUCUUGAUUUUGAAUUCUUUUAUCAUUUUGCCCUCCCCAAGUUAGGUGCUAAAGAUUCUCUCCGUUUUUAGGCGGUUGUACGGAUGGCAUGUUAAAUUUAACUGUUUGGACAGUCUCAUGUGGAUCAUAUCAGCUAAACUAGUCAGUGGGUAGAAUACCAUAUUCAAGUUUAAAAGACGCGUGAACAACGGUAUAAUGAUUGAGGGUAAUCAUUGUUAUUAAAAAGUGUGUAACUCUGAUAGUUUUGACUUCUUUUUUUCCCCUGUACAGUGGUCAGAGGUGGAGGCCGGUGAUCUGUUGUGGAUCUAGGAGAGUUUUGACUUCUUUUUUCCCGUGCUCUUUUUCACCCCCUCCUGUGGCAUUUUACUGCGGUUUCAUAUCCUUAUAUCUGCAGCAGUCUUACCAUGAGCUGCGGGAUCCAAUGAUAUGUCAGAUCGGAUCAUAAAUUUUGACGAUUUCAGUCUAAUUCAACCUGCGACUUGACCAAUUAAGUCCAAGAGGAGGUUGUAAAAUGAUGGUGCUUGAAAGGACCAUCCAUUUUACCUGGUUGUUUUGCAGAGGUCUAGGCAACAUUCUUAUGUGAAGGAAUGCAAUGAAAUACUUUUAUGGGGGGAAAAUGGGAAGUGAAAUCUGGAUAUGUCUUGUAGUUGAUUGCUCCACUUGACAAUAGGGGUAUACUAGAAUUCCACAAGUGCAUCUGAUGUACUUUGCCUUUCGGAGCUACAUGUUUUAUGUAGUGUAUAAAAAGUAGGAUGCUUUGAGUUUCUCAUUUCUCUUCAAAGGUUUAUAUUGAACUGAUCUGAGUCUUGGUGAUUGGGACCAUUUUUUGGGAAAGAUUGUUUUGAUAAUUAUGAUUUUUAAUAUACUAAUUCUAUGUAAUACUUGAAGUUGGUUGCUUGGCAUAUAAGCUAUUGAUGGUGACUUUGACAUUGCUUCGAUUACGCGUUGUUUUCAACCUUUUUCUGAAAUAUGUUACAACUGUGGAGUCUUUCUUUGAUGACUUUUUUGUUUUUUCAAGAACUUGGAUUCAAAGAAGUCAGACGCAGCAAAAUUUGCACCAUUCUGGAAUGAGAUCAUAAAGAAUUUAAGAGAGGAAGAUUACCUUACUAACUAGUAAGCUGUAGUGUGGGUUCUCGCUUGUAAUUCUGCGUGGCCUUUUUAUUUUUGGUUGAGAAAUUGGUUUAUCUUUUUCAGCGAAAUGGAUUUACUUACUAUGCCAAAAAAUUCUGGAAUUCUACGUUUAGUCCAGUGGCCACUAGUUCUACUCGCGAGUAAGGUAUGCGAUAUACUGCUUCCUGGUGCUUGUGGUCUUUAUAAUGUAUUUUUUGAAAAAAAGUUUGGUUUUUCAGAGGUAACUCAUAUAUUUAUUUUCAACCAGAUAUUUGUGGCUAAAGACGUUGCGCUUGACAACAAAAUAUCCCAAGAAGAGCUUUGGGAGAAAAUCUCGAGGGACGAAUAUAUGAAAUAUGCUGUUAAGGAGUGUUUCCAAAGUGUUGAACUAAUCUUGAUGUCAAUUCUGAAUAAUGAGGGGAAAAUAUGGUAUGUUCUUAUAAUUGAAUAGUCACGGCUAUGGGUUGCAAUGUAGUAUACUUUCUACUCUUUUUCUCCCUCCUAGUGUCUGUACUUUGCUUUUGAUUUCAGGGUAGAGAGGAUAUACUCAGAUAUUAAUGAUAGCAUACAAAAGAAAAGCAUCCAGAAGGACUUUCAACUGAGCAGGCUUCAGCUUGUUAUUUCAAGGAUUACUGCGCUAACUGGAAUACUGGUAAACGAAUUGAUUUUCAGAAUAGUUUCUUUAUGCUGUUUAAACCAAUAUCCAGUUAGUGGACGAUGUCGUGUAUAAUAAAAACAACUUACAUGCAUUCAGUAUUGAUGAAAAGUACAUGUAGAAUGUUCUACUCCUUUUCGCCAAUUUAUCUUACAAAAAUCAUCUCAUAGGAUUUUUAGAUGAUUUUAAUUGUACAAAUUGAUGAGUUUUUGAACUGAUCCUUGUACUCUACUUUCUUAAAUAUCUUACUUCUAAUGUCAGACAGUUAUAGUUCUGGAGCUACGUAGUAGAAAAUGUUCGUGGGAAUACAACUCAGAAGACUUUCAGUGUUAUAGUUGCAUUGUCCACUUGUUCAGCUAUAGCUGUUGCUAGUCAUUGUGUACACUCUGGGAUAUCUUACAAUUUAGUACCAAUUUUUUCCCUGAAAUUUUUUUUGAUUAGCCCCCUAGUAUUUGGGUAAUAAUCUGUUCCUUUAAUUGUUAGUUUUUAUCACAGAUCGUUCAGAUAUUUCAAAUUCUUGUUCUCACAGUGUUCUUCCUAAUGGUUCCAUUAUGAUUAUUUUUUUCAAAAUUCUACCCAAAGUUCUCAUUCUAUAUGAGAUUUUGAUUGUGAUGCCGUUUCUUUUUUCUCUCCCAUGCCUUGCCAAUAAAGAAAGAAGCCGAGUCAGUUGAUUUAACUAAUGGAGCUAUUAAGGCGAUUCAAGAUUUGUAUGAUGUUGUUCAUCAUGAUGUGUACUCCCUAGACAUGAGGUACACCUUAUUCUGGAGAAGUCCUUAAGCCUGUGCUCUUGUGCAUUUUUAUUUGUUACUUGACCAUAAUUUUUAUUUUUUAGAGCUAACCUUGAUGUAUGGAACAAAAUAUCACGUGCAAAAGUUGAAGGUCGUCUAUUUUCUGAGCUCAAGUGGCCUAUGGAUCCUGAACUGGUAUUUUCCCGUCCUUUGUUUUUCCUUACUGGGGCUGAUGAUUUCCUCCCUUGUUUUCGUAUCUUCUGAUGUUCUUCUAUUCUCAUUUUUUUUUCUAACAGAAGUUACAAAUUAGACGAUUGCAUUCAUUGCUGACUAUCAAAGAGUCUGCUGCCAAUGUACCAAAAAAUUUAGAAGCUAGACGAAGAUUGGAGUUUUUCACCAACUCCCUUUUUAUGCAAAUGCCUGAAGCAAAGCAAGUUCGUGAAAUGUUGUCCUUCAGGUGAAAGAGUUGUUUCUCAUAUAGUCUGUAUUUUUCUUAUCUAUUUUGUACACUACUGAUUUUAUGUGUUUCUAAUUUUCCUAACGUGCAGUGUUUUCACUCCAUAUUAUUCGGAGACUGUGCUUUAUACUGUGGAUGAACUCCAAAAGAAAAAUGAGGAUGGGAUAUCUACUUUGUUUUACCUGCAAAAGAUUUUUCCAGGUUAUUCUCCUUGGCUUAUUUAUGGAUUUAAGAUUGUGUGGUAUUUUGCACGUCAUGUUGAGCAUUUGAUAACCGUCUUUGAUGUGAUGGGCGAUAGGUUCUCUUGCAAGGACGUCAGGGUUUUUAUUCAAAUUCAACAAUCAAUUAUCAAUUUAGUUAUGUUUACUUCGUUGCAGUAGUAUCAAGGAAUAUUGUCCACAUAGCAAUCUAUAGAAAGUGUGGCAAUGACCCGAUCUUCUGUCACACUGGUUGCCAAUGUAUUGCCAUGACUAGAUUAGUUAUUUGCCUCGAUCUUCUCUCACAGUGGCUAUCAAUGGGCAAUGGUUCCAGUGAAAUAGGUGUUAAUAUUGCCCAGCAGUGGUGUUUUGUCUCCCCCAUUUCCCUUUGGACUGUUUCAAGAAUAUUGAUGUCAUGUGAGUUUCUUGCGAUGAUUAAUCUUCCUGCACUUGUUUUCUUUGUUAUAGAUGAAUGGAACAACUUUCUUGCACGAAUAGGAAAGGAUGAAAAUUCACUUGAGUCUGAACUUUAUGAGAACCCAAAUGAUGUUUUGGAGCUUCGGUUUUGGGCUUCAUAUCGUGGACAAACUUUAGCACGAACUGGUAAACAUUUUUGCUCUCAUUCUUUUAUGGUUGCUGAUGUAAAAUGUCUGUCAGUCCUCUUCAUCUGCAUUGUUUUCGUCUUAUGGUGGUGGAGCAAUAUCAAACAAUGCAAAAUUUAAUGAUCUAUCGAAAGUCAGCUUGUUUGGAAUCUGUGAACUACCUAUGCACCUUGUAUUCAUAUAUUUCACUAAUGACUAUAAAGCAUAAAUUAUCUUUAUAUGCCUCAUUUAACAGAUUUUUUGGUUCUUGUAAAUAUCUUAUUCUUUAUCUUUUGACGUUAAUUUUCCUUCUGAUAUCCAGUCGUUAUAAAACUGCAAGCUGGAAGUCAGUUGUGGUUUACUUGUAGGUUUUUCUUGUCUAUUUAUAUCCAAAUAUCGGUUUUGUGUGUGCACUAUUGGUUUGCGUCAAUUGAGACUCACGAAACCCAAAGGUGGCAUCCGCCUUACCAUGAAACUGUCGAAAGGGUACUACCGUAGUUCAUUAUAAAUAUUUCGCCUUGAGGAGAUCGUCUAGUUUCUCAUCUCCAUUGAGGAUCUGGAUCCCCAUUUUGCUGUUGCACCAGAGGUGGACUGAACUGAGCUACCUUAUGCUUCUGCUUGCAAAUUGUCUCCAGGCAUAAAUUAGUUUUGCUUCAAUAGUUUUCUUUAAUAUCCUAGUCUUUAUACAUAAUGCUAAAAGGCACCUUAAAACUAACGAAACUAUUUUAUGUAUUAUUUAUUUAUGAUAUAUGUGAAGUAACUAAUACCGCAAAAAAAAAGUCAUGUUGAAGUUCUAUAGUUGCUUUUAGUGAAUUAUACUAUACAUUUAAAAUAUUUUUUAUUUUUAAUGAAAUUUGAUGAAUAAUUUUGUUUAAGAUAUUUAAUUCUUGAGCUAUCUGUGUCAGAUUGGCGUUGUUGGUAAUUGAUUGCAAUUUACUAUGAAUAUUUGUUUAUCUGGUGCUGUACUAAUUGUACUUAUUAUUAACGCUUAAACAAAACUCUGCGAAAUUUUUGGCGAAGAAGACAUGGGGCUAUAGCCUGGGUUGUAUUGUUCAGAAAAUGCUGGAAACUGGAGUCCAUGUAGAAGUACCUCACAAGAGCAGGGAGGGAAAUGAUCAGAUUUUAGUUUGAUGACACAAUAGUUAUAACACUUUGAACAAAUUAAUUGCACGAGGGUCACGAGAUUUGCAGUGGAUUGGUCAAUUGCAGACAUACUCUACUUUUCAAGCCACGUGAAAAUUUUACUAUGUAAUUUUAUAAGUUAGCACCACGAUGUGUAAGGUAAAACUUCACAUUAGCUGCCCAGUAUUACUUUAUAGUAAGUUUUCUCUUUCAGCAAAUGAACGAAUAGAAUGCAAUAAAGCAUUUUACUAAGUACGUAGUACAGUUAGAGAAAGAUCCAUGGUGUCGAAGUCUUUGUCAAUCCUAAAUGUAAGAAUCUUUCAUAGAUCUUUAAGAUUUUCCGCCCUUUAAAGAGAGAUUUAGAAUCUUGACGUUUACUAUGCUAUAGUUCAGGCAGGUCUUUUCUUUUAUUAUAAUACUUGUUUCUGAGGUUUGGACAUGACUUCGGUUUUGGCUUCUGUUGUAUAUCGAAUUAAGUCUGGUGCACUGGAAAGAACACCCUCGCGCCUGUGGACAAAAUGUUCUUUCAUUCAAAAAGAUUAUUUACAAAGUGCAGGGGUCUGGUAUUUAUAGUAGAUUCUGGAAGGUUCUAGACAGAACCCACACUUAGAAGGUUCUAGACACAGCUAUCCUUGGGUCCCAUCAACACUUCCCCUCAAGCUGGGGAGAUACCCUUGGUAAGCAUGUCUACCAAUUGAUCGUGAAUAGAUAUGUAUGGCAUACAAAUCAAAUUUAUCUCUAAUUUUUCUUUGAUGAAAUGAUGAUCAACUUCUACGUGCUUGGUACGAUCAUGUUGUACCAGAAUAUGCACAAUAUUAAUGUUGACUUGUUAUUGCAGUAAAGUUUCAUCGGACCAGCCAGAGAGAUUUUUAGUUCAUCAAUAUUUUCACCCAAAAUAACUCUGGGCAAGUGCGCCCUAAAUUCAGCUUCAGCACUUGAACGGGCAACUGCAUUCUAUUUCUUACUCCACAUAACAAGGUUGCCACUAAUCAAUGCGAAAUGUCGAGAAGUCGAUCUUUAGUUAGUCAUUGAUCCUGCAUUGUUUGCAUAGUCAUUGAUCUUCUGACCACUAGAUUAAAUUGUGCCCAGUCAAUUUGAAUUCCAUAGGCAUUGUAGGCAGUUCUACCAAUAGUCGUGGGGCAGUGGUAUCAGGAUUAGAAUUCAUUAAGGAUGAAGAUCUCCCAUCAAAGAAGAUGAAAGAUCUCCCACUUAUGACAUAAAAUCACAAGAAAAACAGCCAGAUUUGCUAGAUUUAAUCCUGUAAGCAAUCACUCGACUCAAAAGGUGACUAAUGGCUCAAGAAUCAUUAGUAUAAAAGAAUAGAUUACUGUGGAAGAGAAAGGAGCAAUCACACCUGGAUUCGCUCUGGUAUCAUGUUGUAUAUCGAAGGAGGUCUGGUGUGCUGGAAAGUCCGCCUUCAUCCCUGUGGAGAAAAUGUUCUGUCAUUCAAAAAGUUAUUUACAAAGUGGAAAAUUCUGGUAUUUAUACCAGACCCUGGAAGCUUCUAGACUUCUAUUCCUACCAGACCCUGAGAGGUUCUAGACACAGCUAUCCUCGGGAAUAUGCCCGUCAACAGCUUCAAAAAUCAUGAGGUGUCUCUAAUAAUUGAUGUGAAACUCCUCUGGUUUUGUUUCCAUUUUUUGCUCAUUCUAUUAGUAUUGAGGCUUAUACUGCGUUGUCAACGUGUUAAUUAACCUGAUUUCUUAAUUGACCUUGUGGAGAAUAAAUCUUGAAUAUUUUUUGUAGACACUUGUAGAUUGGUCUCCAGUCUCUUUUCUAGUAGACUUCUAUGCUGAGUCUUCUCUUAGAAUCAUUAGCGUUGUCGCUAAGCCUGCCUUCAAGAACUAUGGUAGUAGAGAAGCAGUACGAAGUUGUUGGGUAAGAAAGAACGCUAGACGUUAGAAGUAAGCUAUUGAGCGAAGUUUAGCCCGACUAAGGCUUAGCUCAUCACAAUAUACGCUGAGGUCAACGUAUGGACAUGUCAGUUCGUUAUCAAUUUCUUAGUUUCUAGUUUAUGUUUUGAAGUAAAUGUGUCAACAUAGAGAUUGGCUGUCAGCACCUUUUUAUGUGGUUAAACAAGCGCCAACUAUAUGGUGUCUGGCCUUUGUUCGUGCAAAGUGCAAUAUUGGUUUCUCUAUUUCCACUGUAAUACACAAAGUUGAUCUAUCUCUCAUUAUAUGGUUUCCGGGAUUGCUCUAUAUAUGUUAUUUUGUACUUUCCUUUUCUGUGGGAAAUUUAUACAAUUUGUCAAUUUGUGUAAAUGAUCACCUUUCUGACCAUUUAUAUUCUGUGAUACUUAGCAUUUCAUCUUAGUAAUAUGCAGAAUAUCACCAUUAUUUUAUCCUUUACCUUGUUGAUGUAAAAGUCAUCUUUUUAGCAUAUGCUUCUUAGUUACUUUAUUUUCAUAGCUAUUCAUUUUUUUACGUAUUAUGAUAAAUUACGUUGCUGUUUUCACGUAGUUGAUUACAUGUCAUUUGGGUGAUCCUUGUUAUCACUUUACUUCUGAGAUUUUGGUACUUUCUUGCAAUAUUAAAAGCUUUUAAAUGGUGCAGUUCGUGGCAUGAUGUAUUAUAGAAAAGCCCUAAUGCUGCAGAGUUAUUUGGAGAGGAAUAAUUUUGGAGGUUCGUACAUUGCAGAAUGGUUUCUUUUGUGCGGCAUUUGUUAGAUCCCUCAUCGUAUUCUAUAAUUUCAGAUCCAGAAGCUGCAUACUCUCUCGAUAAUACAGCUGACACUCAAGGAUAUGAGUUGUCACCUGAAGCCCGAGCUCUGGCAGAUUUAAAAUUUACCUAUGUGGUUACAUGUCAAAUUUAUGGCAAGCAGAAGGAGGAACAGCAGCCGCAGGCUGCAGAUAUUCUAUUAUUAAUGCAAAGGUUCGUCUACACCAUAUCAAGGUCAUGUCAGUCUGCCAUAAAUAUAGAUAAGUGACGAAUUUCUGACUUUUGGUUUUGUAGGAACGAGGCUCUUAGAGUUGCCUUUAUUCAUGAUAUCGAAACGUUAAAGGAUGGAAAGCCUUAUAUUGAGCACUAUUCGAAACUCGUGAAAGGAGAUAUCCAUGGCAAAGACAAGGUCUCUGUUUUCUUAAUUACAUUCUUGAAGUCUGAGAUAUUACGUUUGCAUUUUUCUCUGAGACAUUAUACUGUUAUUUUUUUUCCUUUUUGAUUUCCUACGUGUAUCAUUCACAAUUUGAGGAGGUCCUCUAAUUAUUGGGACAGCUGCUCAUCGAGGGCAUAUGCUUUACCGAAAAUGAGAAAGAAAGAACCGGCUCCAAAUUAGUUGAUUCUUAGCCAGAUUGGGGGGGUGGGGUUGCCGCAAUUAAUCUUCCAGAUUCCUUUCUUUUUAUUCGCCCAGUUACUGCCUCUACUAUUCUUCAUACUCCCACAUAAACACCGCCAUCCACCUGUGUUUAUCUUUUUAUUUUCCGUUCAUAGUUUUCUAAAUACGUACCUUCAAAUUCUAGUCUAUUGCUGCCAUCGAGCUUUGUUGAUCAUGUGUUCUCGUCAUUUUUCUGGUAUUUCUCCCCUUAUACUUAACUGCUCAUAGACUUCCAUUUAUGGGCAUCGACUCGUCUUUACUGCUUUUAUAUUUGACUUUGAGAUAUUUAGCUCUAUAUUAAUCUAAUUUAGUAUUGUUUAUUGCAUCUGGAACUCAAUUCGUCAGGAUAUGGUUUCAUUUCACUUUUGCAGGAGAUUUACAAGAUUAAAUUGCCAGGAAAUCCAAAACUCGGUGAAGGAAAGCCCGAGAAUCAAAACCACGCUAUAAUAUUUACCCGUGGAAAUGCGGUACAAACUAUUGAUAUGAACCAGGUAAUUUUUAUUGAAUUUCGAUUCGAUUCCUAUGAAGUUAUUUGUGUGAGUAAAUGAACGUUUUAUCAUGCGGGAUUUAGGUGUAAUUUCAUUCGUUCAAUAAUCUGUUACCGUUAACCUGUUUUCCUUUUUUAAUAUGCUUCGUUAAUUUUAAGAUUUUCAAAUAUCUGUCAAGUAGAAUGAGAUUUUAUCCAUGAUUAUAGAGGUUAGUCUUCCUUAUCGUAUAUGCUUGCUAGUAAUGAGGUGACUCUGACUAGAAUUGUAGUUACAACUAGUAUUCAAAGGAUUUAAAAUUAUUGAACUAUCAUUAUUGAGAUAUUUGUAUUCCGUGUGGCGUGUGCACCAUGGGGGUUCGACUUAGUGUCUAUCUAUAGUUCUUAUCGAGGAUAUUUUCUUCUUACUAAACCUUGGUGAAACUGGAUAUAUGGGAUAGUAUCGUUCAGGAUUAAGGCUUAUCUUCUGUAGAAAUAUUGCUUGACGGCUUUUUUAUAAAGAAAACACCGAAUACAGUUUCCUGAUGAUAGGCAAGGCUCUUAAAGGUUGACAGGUCAGGCAACAUUUAUUCGUUUUACAAGGGUACAAUAAGAACGAAACGUAGUGUUUGGCAUGACUUUAUCUAAACCAAGUUCAACACGACAGGUUCAGACGAGAAUUUUAAAGCUCUUAACUGCUUUCAGAAAUGUAUAGUUUCAGAAGGUGAAUGUUCGUUGAAAGUCAGGUUGCAACUAGCAUUAAGGUUUAUGCAAGUAUUGAAGUGCUUUUUCUAUGGACACUGUAGAUUCACAUUUUAUGUGGCUUUAUGUUCAAAUAAAGGCUGGAUUCAUUGUCUAAAUAUAUUUAGUCUAAAUAUGUUUUAUUUUCCCCACGUAUCAGGAUAAUUAUUUUGAAGAAGCUUUGAAAAUGAGAAAUCUUCUUGAAGAGUUUCGUGGUGAUCAUGGCCUUCGUCCGCCAACCAUUUUGGGUCUGAGAGAGCAUGUCUUCACUGGGAGGUAUAUUUGCUAUUGUUCUUUUGCAGGGAUUUUAUUUUCUGACUAUCAUGCUUACAUUUGCCUGUGAAACGAUAUGCAGUGUAUCGUCUUUAGCAUCAUUCAUGUCACAUCAAGAAACAAGCUUUGUGACAUUGGGACAACGUGUUUUAGCAAAUCCUCUAAAGUAAGUAGAUGUUUUGACCAGAUCUUCGUUGUUCUUUAAUGUCUUUAACAUAGUAUAACUCCAAUGUGUACCAAUUUAUAGGGUGCGUAUGCAUUAUGGGCAUCCCGAUGUAUUUGAUAGAAUUUUCCAUAUAACAAGAGGUGGUAUCAGCAAGGCAUCUCGUGUGAUAAACAUCAGUGAAGACAUUUACUCGGGUAUUUUUUUAAUACCGGAAUGCUGUCGUCUAUAUGCUCAAAUUUUAUUCUUUUGAAACGCUUUGGCAAUGCGACUUGGAAAAUCUUUUGUGGAGUUUUUCUUUACUGCUCUGUUUUCUGCAAGGCAACUGCUCAUUUCCAUGUGUGAAAUCUCUUUCAAAUCUCCUUUCACUCUGCCAGAUAUCCGUAGCGUUCAAGAUGUACGUUUUUUCAACACUUUCUUGUUGAAUCACCCUCGUUUUCCAUUCGUUUUGCUGGAAAAAAUUUAAAGGGUCGAAUUUCACACUAUACGGUUAGUCUCUAUGAAAAGCAUCUCUUUCACUCCCAACAUUCCAUUUUUUUUUUCGUCCCAAAACUGUUCUUAAGGAUGAUCAUAUUUCACUCCAAAUGAGUCCGAUAAGUCAAAUGAGACCAACCGUAUAGUCUUUCACAUCUCAUCAUUUAAUUGUUGGUCAUGCAAAAUUAGCCUGUUUGAAUUGGAGGUUCCAAACUCUUAAGCAAGAAGACAUGAAAUAUGGAAAGUGGCUUCUAUUGAAGAACAUUGUAAUUUCGUUCUAGCCUUGAGAUUUGGCUUAUGAUUCUGUGGAAGAAGAGGGCUUCCGAGGUGCCAUUGCAUGUUACCAAAGCUAAUGAGACUAUUUCCACUUAUUCAUGUGGUGGCUUCAUAAUCACCAAUGUUUUGUCAGUUUUUUCACACUUAAACGAAAAUUUAUUUCCGAUUAAUAAUUAUUUUCUAUGAUAGUUUUGCAAUAGUUUCGUAUUCACAGUUAUCAUUCAUGUUUCUUAUUUCCAUCACAAUGAUUAUUUUUUAUUCUAAUUGUUGAAGUUUUCCGCAGGUUUCAAUUCAACUUUGCGUCAAGGGAAUGUCACCCAUCAUGAGUACAUCCAGGUAAUGAAAAUAAUGCUUAUCAUGUUUCCUUCUGAUUACUCAUAUUUCUUUCUUCUUUUUAUCAAAAAGGUUGGCAAGGGAAGGGAUGUUGGAUUAAAUCAGAUUGCAAUAUUUGAGGGCAAAGUAUCUGGGGGCAACGGUGAACAAGUUCUUAGCAGGGAUGUAUACAGACUUGGCCAGCUCUUUGACUUCUUCAGGAUGAUGUCGUUCUAUUUUACCACUGUUGGAUACUAUUUCUGUACAAUGGUAUGUUUUCCUUCGGUGCAUGUCAGAUACCAACUUCCAUUCUUUACCUGCAUACAAUUUAGUGAAUCAUGUCUAAAAAACGUUUUUGGUAAAGUUGUCUAGUCGUUUUAAAUUAUUAAUGAGUCAAAAUUCACACAGGAGAGAUCUGCUGCUUUUUUACCUUUUAAAUUAAACGUUAGAAUUCACAUUGUGCACUAAUCAGUUCAAAGUUAUAAUAAUAUUACAUCAUUCACAGGGAAUUGAGAACCUGAGCUGGGCCUCUUUCGGAACACAGAAGAUAAAAAGACAAUAAAUCAUGAAUUGAGAAGUCUUGGCAAUAAAGUGCCGAACAUGCUCUUUGAAAUGCAUUUACCCUUAAUAGAGCCAUAUUUCCACAUUGACAACCGGUCUCAAAAAACUUGUGAUCAUUCACCUCGACCUGCCUCUUCUGAGACUUGGGAAUUUCAAUUAGAAAUAUUAUGAAGAACAUGAACUGAUAAACACCACACGCUACAGCCUAAAGAUAAACGUACUUGCAUAUUAUCAUGCAUUUAGUCUUGAUGAAAGUUUAGGCUAUUACAUGUUUAUUUUACAUACCAGAGAGGUGAUGUCUUUGUGUGGCUAUUCAUUUUUCAAAUAAGGCGGGUAUUUGUUUUAAUAUAAUUUGCAUAUCAUAUUUUUUACUGCUUUUCCUAUGUUGUAAUAGUAAUUUCUGUCUCGGUGCAGUUAACAGUUUGGACUGUGUACAUUUUUCUUUAUGGGAAAACCUAUCUGGUGAGUAUGAUACAUCCUUUAUGAGAUAUAAAUCCCGUCUGGUACGAAGUAUUUAAUAUCACAUAUGAGCCCAAUUUAUGUAGCUUUCCUGUAGAUGUCUUACCUGUAUGUUAUCUCCGGUCUCUAUCAUAUUACACCCUAGCUAUAACCCUAAUGUUCUUGCCAGGAAUUGUUGUAACCAACUAUAUUUGUUGAUGAUUUUGUGCAUCAUUUUCCUCCAUUAUUUCCAUCAAAGUUUGCUUGGUCGACUCGUCGAUUUUUAUUUGUGAGAAUUUUUCUUUACAUAUCUUAUUUGAACUCUUGACUUUGAACUUGGCCUAUCAGUUUUCUCGGUUUUUAAAGCACAUCUGCCGAACUAUGGAGCUUUACUUGUUCCCUAUUUACCUAUAUUCCUUUUUAAAAAUGAUCAAGGAUGGCAUGAACUAGACUAGAAACUGAAACUAAUUUUAGUACUACCAGUUUGUCAACUGAAACGAAUGUUAACAUGAAUUAGUGCUCUUUUUCUCUUAUCCGUCACAGGGGGUUUUCUCUUCCUAAUAGUUAUCAUUAUUAAAUUCAGUUUAUCAUGAUUCAAAAAUAAAUUGAAUCAGGUUGAUGAAAAUGGAUAUGAGACACAUUGGAUGUUUGUUUAUUGAUUAAUUUCCCCAAAUCUUAAUUACUUGGUUUUCCUGGGGAUGAUGACGAUGAUGGUGACCGCAAUGAUGUUUGUUUUGUGGUUAAUUCGUGUGCAUGGCUGGCUUGCAUAUCAUAUAUUUAUUAUUACUAAUGACAAUGCAUUCGGUUGUUGUCACAAUGCUUUCUACUCUCCAGGCAUUGUCUGGUGUUGGUGAAGCUAUUCAGGACAGAGCAGAUAUAUUAGGGAACACUGCAUUGAGUGCUGCUCUCAAUACACAGUUUUUGUUCCAAAUUGGCGUCUUUACUGCAGUUCCAAUGAUCCUGGGUUUUAUUUUGGAGCAAGGUUUUUUCACGGUAAGUUUACCCAUUUUCCCACUUUUGCUGGAGAAUAUGGUGUUGAAUCGUGACCCAUCGAGAAGUUGUCUUAAAUCUUUCUGCAGAUCUGAAUUUCUUCACAAUGCGCACUCUUUCUUUAAUGUUUCGAUUUCUUGACGUACUGAAGUUUCAUUUUUCAGGCUGUUGUCACCUUUACCACAAUGCAGCUUCAGCUCUGUUCUGUCUUUUUUACUUUUUCUCUUGGAACGAAGAGUCACUAUUUUGGUCGAACAAUUCUCCAUGGAGGGGCAAGGGUACAAAGCUAUUCCUUUUCCUCUUUUCUUUGGUCCUUCAUCGGUGAAUAUUUUGAAGUGUUGACUAUUGAUACUGUCUUUAUUGUUUGUGCUUUACUCAGUAUCAAGCAACAGGAAGAGGUUUUGUAGUUCGCCAUAUAAGAUUCUCUGAGAAUUACCGGCUCUACUCCCGUAGCCAUUUUGUAAAAGGGUCAGCAUUCUUUGAUAGAUAUUACUUGAAAUUUCAUAUAUUCUGACCAUCUGGUAAUGCUUCUGACUCCAAGUGUUCAUCAUGCAGAAUGGAAGUUGUCCUUUUGUUAAUUAUAUACCUGGCAUAUGGCUAUAAUGAAGGUGGUGCAAUUUCGUAUAUCCUUCUUAGCAUCAGCAGUUGGUUCAUGGCGCUUUCAUGGCUUUUUGCUCCAUAUUUGUUUAAUCCUUCCGGGUUUGAAUGGCAAAAGUAGGACUGACAACUUAACUUCCUUUCCAUGCAUGUAUACUGAUCACAUAUCCUGAUCAUCAAUUUUCGUUAUUUCCGAUAGGGCGGUGGAGGAUUUUAAGGACUGGACAAAUUGGCUUCUCUAUAGAGGUGGGAUUGGAGUUAAUGGGAAGGAAAGCUGGGAAGCAUGGUGGGAUGAAGAAAUGGUAUGCACAUCUUUCUCUCACAUCCUUGAAUGGUUUGAUUGACAGGUUUUAAGAUAUUCGAGUUGAACGGUUUUAUUUUCCCACCCAGGCACAUAUCCACACGCUGAGAGGAAGAAUACUGGAGACCAUAUUGAAUUUAAGGUUCUUUAUAUUUCAGUUCGGCGUGGUGUACAAGUUGCAUGCAACUGGAUCUGAUACAUCAUUAACGGUGACAUUUUAUAUUUCUUUGCCCAUUUUAUUUUUUAGGCGAUUAAUGUUGUGUUUUCGCUAACGGUGACUGUCCUGCUACCUCUGAGCUGGUCCUCUUUAUAUAUAUUUAUAUAUAUAAUAAGAACGUUUUUAUGAUCGUAAUUUCAUGAGGGUGGUCAGUGGUACUGCAUGUGCAGAUGAAGCAAUCUGAACGUGGGGAUUUGUGUCAGUGGUCUUUAAGAGUUUGAGAUUACAUAUAUAAAUGAGCCUAUCUAUUUUGCUUUGUUAUUCAAAUUUACUGAGUAAAUAGCGUUCUAUUUACUCCGCAUGCUUGAGGCUUAUUCAGUUGUUUCAAAUAACUCAAGCAUUAAAGGAGUCUUCGAAAUGCCACCUGGGUGUCUCAAAAAUUAGAAUUCAUUGAGGUUUUAGACGAGGUCGUGUUCUUCCUUGCUGUUCAACGCUUGCAAUUGUCAUGUACUCUCCGGAAACACGAUUCUUCCUCCCUCCACAGACAAAUUUUACUACUCAUGGAGAUGAUGUUUACCCAAUCGAUUUCUUAUCUCUUUUCUUUUUUUUUCUCCCUUUUUUUCUUUGAUUAUGCUCAUUUUCCCUCUGACCCAGAUGCUCACAGUGAUUUAUUUGUAUGAGGGACAAGCAUUGGCUUCUUUGUUUUAAGAAAAAAAAACUGAUCGGAGAUGUCACGCUCAAUGAGACAUUGAAUAUUUUAUUUCAAGUGAAGAGACCCUUUUUCCACCAAAAUCUCGACAUAAUCUUCCCUUUUUUUCUCAUAUUUUUUCUGUACAGGUAUAUGGCCUAUCAUGGGUGGUACUGGCUGUGCUGUUCAUCCUCUUUCAGGUCUAUAAUAUGCCAGAAACUUCGUAAAGAUCCAAGAUUAUCGACGCAGACACAUCUCUCGAUGCAUUUCCUCUUAUGCAAUUUGUUUCAUCCCUGUGAUCGUCAGGUGUUCAGCUUCAGUCAAAAGGCGUCCGUAAAUUUCCAGCUCCUGCUGCGCCUUAUUCAAGGCGUCUCCUUCAUGCUCGCUUUCGCCGGAAUAGCGGUGGCCAUCGUGGUUACAGAUCUAUCCGUGCCCGAUAUCUUUGCCUGCAUCUUGGCAUUCGUCCCCACCGGCUGGGGAAUUCUCAGCGUGAGUAAUAAAAUAUCUGCUUUGUUUCUCCCACGCAUUGUCUUAUUCAUCUAUCUGCCAUCGGGUUUCCUCCCCAGUUUCUUUUCGUUUGGCUUUACAACGAGCAGGGUGAAGUAUAUUAUGUGGACUUGCUUGGUAGUUGAUCUCCGCAAUGAGUUUUCGACUUUCUUAGCCAUUAAUCGCGUUGACUGGUAGGCGAAAAGAAGAAAAUUGGGUUUAUUGUUUCAAACUUCUUUCAUUAUUCGUUUUAUAACUAGAAAAGGGGACAUGAUAUCCCGAAUCGGCUGAUCGGCUGAUCUUGGGGAUGAAUCCGGAAUACCCAUCAUUUCUUUCUUCUUGUUGUUGUUGUUGCUGGAAGAACAAUCCUUUAUGCCGCUUUCAGAAGGUGCUAUAAAUAAACCCUAGUUUCUAAAAGAGAAGAUACCCCAAUAAUCCAUCAAAGAAACGAGAGCUGCUGGCCACUGUUGCACACCUGGGUGGCUGUACUCUUUCUAUGAUUAUUAUUAUUAUUAUUAUUAUUAUUAUUCUUAUUAUUAUUAUUAUUAACUCAAUUAUACAACAUUACUGAUAAUCCUGUUUUCCUUCUCUUUAAUCUUGAUAAUCGUUUCUUUUAUUCAUGAUUAUCUUCUGGUUGUUAACAACCGAUUUGGUAUUAUAUUAUUUUAGUUUGGGGAGAUGUUGUAUCAUAUUUUUGUUGUUUCUAAGAUUUGGUAUUACAUUAUACGACAUCUAUCAUUUUGUUUUUUGCUAAAAGCGCAAGUAACCAAAAGAAAAACGUCGUCGUCAUCGUUGUUGUAGAUCGCUGUGGCGUGGAAGCCGUUAAUGAAGAAACUGAAGCUGUGGAAAUCGAUCCGCACCCUCGCACGGCUCUACGACGCCGGGAUGGGCAUGUUCAUCUUCAUCCCGAUCUUCGUGGGCUCGUGGUUCCCCUUCGUCUCCACCUUCCAGACCCGGCUUCUCUUCAACCAGGCAUUCAGCCGAGGUCUCGAGAUCUCCCUCAUCCUCGCUGGAAACAACCCAAACACCGGCCUAUGA